GGACCACUGGGUGUGUCCGUCCUGCGUGGCAUCCAUUCAACCGCUAGACUCACUCGCUCACAACUCAGGGACCCCGAGGAGCCCUCGUCUCCCCCGACGGGACGUUUCCCCCCCCCGCUGGCCGCCACGCUCUGCGACCGUCCCGCCGCCGGCCAUGGGAGCGUUCAUUGCCAAGAUGCUGCUGCCGACAGUCAGCAGCUUGGUGUUCCUGCCCACGGCCAGCGUGGCCGCCAAGAGGGGCUUCCACAUGGAGGCCAUGGUCUACUUCUUCACCACGUUCUUCACCGCGAUCUACCACGCGUGUGACGGACCCGGACUCUCCGUCCUGUGCUUCAUGAGGUACGACGUCCUGGAGUACUUCAGCGUGUACGGCGCGGCGCUGUCCAUGUGGGUCACGCUGAUAGCGCUGGGCGACUUCGAUGAGCCCCAGCGCUCCAGCGUCACCAUGUUCGGCGUGCUGACCAUCGCGGUGAGGAUCUACCAGGACCGCUGGGGCUACGGGGUCUACUCGGGACCCAUCGGGUCCGCCGUCUUCAUCGUCACGGUCAAAUGGCUGCAGAAGAUGAAGCAGUGCCGGGCGGUGUAUCCGGAGAAGGCGGUGUACACGCAGCAGGUGGGGCCGGGCUGCUGCUUCGGCGCUCUCGCUCUGAUGCUGCGCUUCUACUUUGAGGAGUGGGACUACGCCUACGUGCACAGCUUCUACCACCUGUCCCUGGCCGUGUCCUUCGUCCUGCUGCUGCCCAAGAAGAACCGCUACGCCGGGACGGGACAGAACGCCGCCAAGCUGAGCUUCUGGGCUCUGUGCUGCUGCUCCAUGUCCCCCGGUUCUACUAAGGAGAAGACGGACAAGACCCUUACGAAGAAGAAGAAGAAGAAGUCUCUGCGGACCGUGUGGACGGUCCCGACUGAGAAGCUGCUGGCGGGACGCUGCAGCACCCCCAUCCUGCCCGUGUACAGCGCCCCCCCCUCCACGCCGGCGGGAGGGACCAGCGUCAGCCGGCUCAAAGAGAUGAACGGGUGGAAGUGAAGCCGUCCGGCGGCAGCAGGACCUUUGUCCUGAGGGACGUGUGUAGACGACUCAGCAGGCGGCCGUCGGCCGGCUGCUGAACGUCCUUCUUCUGCGGGACGUUUCUUUGGGCUGGUGGAACAUUUAACGUCCCCCAAGGUGGAUGUCAAAUAAAGGGAUGAGCGCUAGAAAGAAAAGGCCUCGGGUGCCCUCGAGGACCCGACGGGAAGCGCGGCAGCGGGGGGACGGGGGGACGGGGUGAGGGGGGGGGCAGACGGUUGCUCAGACGAGCCAGUGAGACUGACUGGAAAGUUUUAUGAGAAGAACAAACAGGCAGAUGGUUUAUCUCUCCAAAAUAUAUAAAUUGUCUUUGGAAAUGUUCCUUGGGGAAGAACCUUGUCUGCUCGCCCCCCCCCCCCCCCCCCCAUCCCCUCCCUCGCCUCCCUCGCCUCCCCCUUUCCUCUCUCUCAGGGAAAAGAAGCACACGGCUGAAUUUGUUUGUGAGAAAUGACGUAACUGUUAAUUACAUUUCUGUGUGUGUGAUGUGGAGCGUCUCGGUGUGUCUCUGCAGGUGGACGUCCCUGCAGGUGGACGUCUCUGUCUGCUAACAGUGUCCCUAAUGUGUCUUUAUUAUUGAUCUUUGUUGUCUGCGACACCGGUUUAUUGAUAUAAAGAUAUUGUCUUUAGUGUCUCUA